UCCCCAUGUUUUUAUAAACCAGACAUAACUCUUUUACUCAUAGAAAAGUCAGGAGGGCCUGGAGCUUUCUGUGUGGCUGUCUACCAAAUUCCUCAAAUUAAAUUCUUUUAUUUCGACCCAUGCCUGCAUGUGGUGCAAGGAUGCCCCAUAACGCCGUCCACUGUUCUUGAGAAGGCGACCAAAGAGGAGGAGAAAGGGUAGGAAAUGACGGAGUGUUUGACAGAAUACAAAGCGCUGGUGACUCCGUCCACGCGCAAUGGUCACCGCGUCUUCAGCUACACGCUCGAGAGCCACACGUCAGCCGCCUUCGCCAUCAUGAACGAGCUGCGGCUGGAGCGGCAGCUGUGCGACGUCACGCUACGCGUGCGCUACAAGGACCUGGAGGCGGUGGACUUUGUGGCUCACAAGGUGGUGUUGGCCUCCUCGUCCCCGGUCUUCAGGGCCAUGUUCACCAACGGCCUAAAGGAGUGCGGUAUGGAGUUGGUGCCCAUCGAAGGAAUUCACCCCAAGGUAAUGGACAGGCUGAUAGAGUUUGCCUACACAGCCAGCAUCUCUGUGGGUGAGAAGUGUGUCAUCCAUGUGAUGAAUGGUGCUGUCAUGUACCAGAUAGACAGCGUGGUCAAGGCCUGCUGUGAUUUCCUCGUCCAGCAGCUUGACCCCAGCAACGCUAUUGGCAUUGCCAGCUUUGCAGAGCAGAUCGGUUGCAUAGAGCUCCACCAGAAGGCCAGAGAAUACAUCUACAUGAACUUCAGCCAGGUAGCAACCCAAGAGGAAUUCUUCAACUUGUCCCACUGCCAGCUGGUCAACCUGAUCAGCCGCGACGAGCUCAACGUGCGCUGUGAGUCCGAAGUCUUCCAGGCAUGCGUGGCCUGGGUGCGAUAUGACCGGGAGAACAGGCGACCGUACGUCCAAGCCUUACUCCAGGCUGUCCGCUGCCAUUCCCUCACCCCCAACUUCCUGCAGACCCAGCUUCAGUCUCUGGACUGGGACCCACAGUGUAAAGACUACCUGGCUCAGAUCUUCCAGGACCUCACCCUCCACAAACCCACCAAAGUGAUUUCUUGCAGAACUCCCAAGGUGCCGCAGCUCAUCUACACAGCAGGGGGUUAUUUCCGUCAGUCGCUCAGCUACCUGGAGGCUUACAACCCUUGCACGGGAACCUGGCUGAGGCUUGCCGACCUGCAGGUACCCCGAAGCGGCCUGGCCGCCUGUGUGAUCAGUGGGCUUUUCUAUGCUGUUGGUGGAAGAAACAACGCGCCUGAUGGUAACAUGGACUCAAACGCUUUAGACUGUUACAAUCCUAUGAACAACUGCUGGCUGCCGUGUGCACCCAUGAGCGUGCCCAGGAACCGAAUCGGAGUCGGGGUCAUCGAUGGCAUGGUAUAUGCAGUUGGUGGAUCACAUGGGUGCAUUCAUCAUAAUAGUGUGGAAAGGUAUGAUCCAGAACAGGAUCAGUGGCAGCUGGUAGCCCCGAUGUUAACACGACGUAUCGGUGUGGGUGUGGCUGUCAUCAACCGGCUGCUCUACGCUGUGGGGGGGUUCGACGGGGCCAACCGGCUCAGUUCCUGUGAGUGCUACAACCCUGAGAAGGAUGAGUGGAAGACCAUGGCUCCGAUGAACACGGUCCGCUCCGGAGCUGGCGUGUGUGCACUUGGCAAUCAGAUCUUUGUGAUGGGCGGAUACGAUGGCACCAACCAGCUGAACACGGUGGAGCGCUAUGAUGUAGAAACCGAUACGUGGAGCUUUGCUGCCUCCAUGAGGCACAGACGCAGUGCUCUGGGAGUCACUGCGCUGCAUGGACGCAUCUAUGUGUUGGGAGGUUACGAUGGCAGCACUUUCCUCGACAGUGUGGAGUGUUACGACCCAGAGCAGGACACUUGGUCAGAGGUGACCCACAUGACUUCAGGCCGCAGCGGCGUGGGAGUGGCUGUCACCAUGGAGCCCUGCCAAAAGGAUUUAUUGCAGUGUCAGGCGUGUGACGGCGGAAGAACCAGUGGCAAGGCGGACCCUUCGGCAAAUGCACGCGAAGAUCUGAGCAGGACCCGAUCCACACACUGACACUCAUCUCAAAACUGACCUGUGAAAACUGGUCCUUUAAAUUGAGUAUCGUUAUAAGAUCCAGACAGUCUAGCUUUGUGCUCCAACGCAGCAUUUGAAGCCCUCAGCUAGAUCAUCAUUUGUAAAGUUCAAGUAAAGGGCUCCAUAGUAAAAAGGUCACUUUACUGGCCCGAUGAGUCAUCAGGGGCUCUUUAUUGCAUUUAAAGAGCAAACUAAAUCUGAUAGGUGAAGGAAAUACUUCAAGCGAUCGAUUAUGUAAACAAAACUGUGCGUGCGUGCGUGCGUGUGUGUGUGUGUGUGGCAAUCAAAGUGCCAUUACAAUGCCUGUGGGCAUUAUCACUAUGUCGGUAUAUUCUCCUGAGGUGCUUGUGUGGGAAGGCACAGGCUGAGUCACUGUGUGGAAAUUAGUGUUAACCCAGAGAGCCACAACAUGAAGAUCGUACAGUGGGCCUCAUGCAAGAGCUUGUUUGACGUGCUUAUACAGACCGUCUUAAUUCAGUCCAAUAGUUCUUUACAAAAUCACAAUCUGCACAUUAAAAAAGAAUACAUAAAUAAAUGAAGAAGAAUUUAAGCUCCUGAUGUUGGAUAUAUCCAGUACUAGCAGUCCAAAAAACUGUGUAGUAACAGGUUUUUGAUAUAGCACAGGAACCAUUAUUUCCCUCCUGUUUAUUGUAUAUGUAGACAGUUAUUUGCUGUUAUUUUUAGUAGUAAAGUACAUGUUUAAACUCA